AUGCCGAGCGCGCUGGGGAGCGGCUUCGCCGGGUCGGUGAGGCUCAAGUACGUGAAGCUGGGGUACCAGUACCUGGUGAACCACUUCCUGGCGCUGCUGCUGGUGCCGGUCAUGGCGGCCACGGCGAUCGAGCUGGCGCGCCUCGGCCCCGGCGAGCUGCUCGCGCUCUGGCGCGCCCUCCACCUCGACCUCGUGCACAUCCUCUGCUCCGCCUUCCUCGUCGUCUUCGUCGCCACCGUCUACUUCAUGUCGCGCCCCAGGCCCGUCUUCCUCGUCGACUACUGCUGCUACAAGCCCUCGCCCAGCUUCCGGGUGCCCUUCACCACCUUCAUGGAGCACAUCAAGCUCAUCUCCAACAACGACAGGAGCCUCCGCUUCCAGACCCGCAUCCUCGAGCGCUCGGGGCUCGGGGAGGAGACCUGCCUCCCGCCGGCCAACCACUACAUCCCGCCCAACCCCAGCAUGGAGGCCUCCCGCGCCGAGGCGCAGCUCGUCAUCUUCAACGCCAUCGACGACCUCGUCCGCCGCACGGGGCUCAAGCCCAAGGACAUCGACAUCCUCGUCGUCAACUGCAGCCUCUUCUCCCCGACGCCCUCCCUCUCCGCCAUGAUCAUCAACAAGUACAAGCUCCGCAGCAACAUCCGCAGCUUCAACCUCUCCGGCAUGGGCUGCAGCGCCGGCCUCAUCUCCAUCGACCUCGCGCGCGACAUGCUCCAGGUGCAUCCCAACUCGAACGCGCUGGUGAUCUCGACGGAGAUCAUCACGCCCAACUUCUACCACGGGAGCCGGCGGGACAUGCUGCUGCCCAACUGCCUGUUCCGGAUGGGCGCGGCGGCGAUCCUGCUGUCGAACCGGCGGCGGGAGGCGCGGCGCGCCAAGUACAGGCUGGUGCACGUGGUGCGCACGCACAAGGGCGCGGACGACCGCGCGUACCGGUGCGUGUACGAGGAGGAGGACGACGAGGGGCACUCGGGCAUCUCGCUGUCCAAGGAGCUCAUGGCCAUCGCCGGCGAGGCGCUCAAGUCCAACAUCACCACCAUGGGCCCGCUGGUGCUGCCCAUGUCGGAGCAGCUGCUCUUCUUCUUCCGCCUGGUGGGGCGCAAGGUGGUCAACAGCAAGUGGAAGCCCUACAUCCCGGACUUCAAGCUGGCGUUCGAGCACUUCUGCAUCCACGCCGGCGGCCGCGCCGUCAUCGACGAGCUGCAGAAGAACCUGGAGCUGUCGCCGCGGCACGUGGAGGCGUCGCGGAUGACGCUGCACCGGUUCGGCAACACCUCCAGCAGCUCGCUCUGGUACGAGCUCGCCUACAUCGAGGCCAAGGGCCGCAUGCGCAAGGGCGACCGCGUGUGGCAGAUCGGCUUCGGCAGCGGCUUCAAGUGCAACAGCGCCGUCUGGAAGUGCCUCCGCACCGUCAAGACGCCCACCGACGGGCCCUGGGAGGACUGCAUCCAGCGCUACCCCGUCCACAUCCCGGACGUCGUCAAGCUGUGA